AUGUUGCGACGUAUUCGUUAUCCAUCGUUGGUGCAAUCAGUUACUCGACGCUUUAACAGCACCACCACCACCUCCUCCUCGGCCGCUGCCUUGCCAAAACCGCUUGAAGGUGUCCGUGUAUUGGAACUCGGCCAGCUUAUUGCAGGUCCCUUUUGUGGAUCCAUUUUGGGUUAUUAUGGUGCUGAAGUGAUCAAGAUUGAACCUCCCAAACUGGGCGAUCCUCUUCGAACAUGGCGUCACGUGGAUGAAGAUGGUGUCAGUCCUUGGUUUCGUAGCUUGGCAAGAAACAAAAAGUCUGUUUGCAUUGAUUUGCGCACUGAGCAAGGCCGAAGUAUCGUCAAGCAAUUAGCACAGGAUGCGGAUGUAUUGAUUGAGAACUUUAAGCCUGGCACUAUGGAAAAAUGGGGCAUUGGACCAGAUGAUCUCUAUGCCACCAAUCCCAGCUUAAUCUAUACGCGUAUAUCCGGAUAUGGUCAAACAGGCCCUUACUCAAAGCGCCCUGGAUUUGCAUCCGUCUGUGAAGGUAUGGGUGGUUUUCGAUACGUGAAUGGUGUUCCUGGAGAAGCACCAGUACGACCCAAUAUCAGUCUUGGCGACUCGUUAGCCGGAAUGCAUGCAGCCAUGGGUGUAUUGUUGGGAUUAAUUGGACGCAGCAAGUUGCCAGCUUCAAAGACCGGUCAAGUCGUUGACGUCGCUAUCUAUGAAAGCAUGCUCAACAUGAUGGAAAGCAUCAUUCCUGAGUAUGAUCGAAAGGGCGUGAUUAGACAACCUUCUGGAUCCACUGUUACCGGUGUCGUGCCAACAAACACGUAUCCAUGCAAGAAUGGGCAACAUGUGAUUAUCGGUGGUAAUGGUGACAGCAUCUACAAGCGUCUUAUGGGAGUGAUUGGUCGUGAAGACUUGGUUGGAGAAGAGUAUGAGACAAAUGCACACCGCGUUAAGAAACAAGAGGAAAUUGAUGGUGCUAUUUCUGAUUGGACCUCUGAAAGAACACCUGAUCAAGUCUUGGAAGCGCUUGCUGAAGCAUCGGUGCCUGCUGGAAAGAUCUAUAAUGCUCAAGACAUUGUGGAGGAUCCUCAUAUCAAUGAACGUGGCAUGAUUGAGACCGUGACUGUGGGUACACCUGAAGAUGGUCGUGGUUGGCAAGUCAAGAUCCCAGGCAUGUCGCCUGUUCUUCAUGGCACUCCUGGUGCUACCAAAUGGGCUGGACCGGAUCAUGGGCAACAUACCACAGAGGUUUUAUCCGAGAAGUUAGGUCUUUCACAGCAAGAGAUUGAUGAUUUGACUUCGAAGGGUGUAAUUCGAUAG